AUGGUACAACUCAGAUGUCGUCUGCUUUUGUUGGCUUUCUGCCUCUGCUAUCUGGGAAAUAUAGACGCUAGACGUCACCGGUCCUCACGAGUUGCAUUCUCGGCAGUUAAAACCACCAACCAGAAAAUGAGCGUAAACCAGGAUGUCAUUUUUGACAAAGUCUUACUGAACAAAGGUUAUGGUUUCCGGCCCAUCGGCGUUUUCAAAGCCCCAAGAAGCGGAAUGUACAUGCUCACCUCGAGUCUAUUCCAUCUGAAAGAGGAACUUACCAUUCAAUUUGCGAUCGUUCACCAAGGCAAUGUAGUGGCUAAUUUCCAUGGAACCAACGAUUGGGAGCAGUUCAGCCAAACCGUGAUCAUACAUGUGAAGAAAGGUGAAACAGUGUCCAUAAGAAACGUGAGAAACAAUAAUCCAACCAUAUAUGGCUUCAACUUUUCCACCUUCUCUGGUUACCUGCUGUGA